UAGCUCGGGAACGCGCCCACCGACCCCCAAUUUCCCGCCUCGCUCGCUCUCUCGCUGUUUGAAACCCUAGAAAUCUAGGGUUUCCAACCCAUUGAAGUCUAAGGAGAAGGAAAUGGCGCUGAAGCACAAGGGUGAAGAACCUGUACCCGAUGCCAAGAAGCGGAAGCGCGUUGGAUUCACCAAAAUCGAUCCUGGAAUUGAGGCAAAUGAAUGCAUCAAAGUUUUCCUUGUCAAAAACCAGGAUGAGGUGGGUGAUAGGAGCAGCUUUUGCAUUGACCCAGUUGACCUAAACCAACUUUUUGGUGAGGAUGGCAAAAUUUAUGGCUACAAAGGCUUAAAGAUUGACAUUUGGCUGAGCAUUGUAUCUUUUCACGGAUAUGCAGAAUUUACAUUUGAGAGUACAUCUGAUGGAGGAAAGGGGAUCACUGAUCUGAAAACUGCACUUCAGAAUAUAUUCGGUGAAUCUUUGAUCGAGAAAGCUGACUUCCUCGAGUCAUUCUCAAGAGAAAGCCAAUGCAUUAGAACUGUCUUAUCAGAUGGAGCAGUUGUGCGUAGUGUUCCCUUGAUGGGAGAUGAAACAUCUGAAACACAUGUGGAUGCAGAGGUUUCUGCUGUAGAGGUUAUUCGCAUGAAUCUACUAAACAUGCCUGUUGGAUUACUUUACAGUCGCCUUAUACCCCUUGUCCUCCUUCUUGUUGAAGGGGGCAGCCCUAUUGACAUUGCAGAUCCAAGAUGGGAAAUUUAUUUUGUGGUGAAAAAAACAAGGGAUAAGUCAGGAGAUUAUUCAAUGAAAUUGCUAGGUUUUGCAGCUGCUUAUCUGUUCUAUCAUUACCCUGAUUCUACACGGUUAAGAAUCAGCCAGAUAUUGGUAUUGCCCCAGUAUCAGGGUAAAGGUUAUGGCCGUCUCCUUCUAGAGUCCGUGAAUUUUGUUGCGGUAUCUGAGAAUGUUUACGACGUUACAUUUGAAGAACCAUCCGAGUACCUCCAACAUCUGCGCACUUGCAUUGAUACCCUUCGUCUGCUGUCAUUUGAGCCAUUAAAGUCGGCCAUUAAUUCCGCCAUCUCUUCCCUGAAAGAAGGAAACCUAUGCAAGAAGACAUCCAAAUUGCUCUCUGGACCACCGCCAAGAAUGACUGAGAUCGUACGUCAAAAAUUAAAGAUCAACAAGAAACAGUUUCUGAGAUGCUGGGAGGUUCUUAUCUAUGUAAACCUUGAUCCCAAAGAUAAAAAAUGCAUGGAUAAUUUCAAGACCUCUGUUUCAGAUCGUGUUAGAAGUGAUAUCUUAGAUAAAGAUUCAGAGAACAAUGGGAAACGUUUGAUCGAAGUACCAAAUGACUACGGUCAUGACAUGACCUUUAUCGUAUUCCAAUCAAACACUGAUGAGGAAGUGGAUGACCAAAACGGCAGUCUGGCUAGUGAUCAGUCCACCACACAAGAGGAACAGUUGAACCAAUUGGUUGACAAACAAAUGAAAGACAUUAUUGAGAUUGCGAAGAAGGUAAGUUCGUUCGAUAACAAACAAUGAAGUAGGAACUGUAACAGCUUCUAAAUUGAACUUUGAUCAUAUGAGAUUUUAAUUGGUAAAUUAAAAAGUGAACUCUAUUGUAGCAUACUGAAAGCUGUUUGUUGAAAGCUUUAUCGGUUUGUGAACUCAAGUUCCAGUACCAGUGCAAGGCUAUAUGAGCCCAUUAAGCCUUCUUAUUUAUUUUGUAAAACAGACUUAGUUCUCUCGCAUAUUUGUCAUGCGAGUCUGUUGGUGCUUUAUGGAAAAAUACCAACAUGCUUCGCAUUAA